AUGAAUUGGCCCCAGGUUGAUGAUGUUGUUACCGUUAAUUUGCGCAAUGUCUGCUCAGUACGAUCUGGUGUUGUGUUUAAAAAGAGGCCAGGGUUGAAGGAUACUAGUGAGGCAGAUGAGCAACAAAAGCAAUCAGAACAUCAAGUCCAGUCUUCCUCCCAGGCAACUGGGAUGUCUCACCCACACAUUACAACACCAAAUAUGCAAUAUGCGGCACCUCCACAGCUUGGAGCUGGAAAUGCUAUGGCACAAGCUGCUUUCCCAUAUCCAGAUCCUUACUAUAGAAGCAUCUUUGCUCCGUAUGAUGCACAGUCUUAUCCUGCGCAGCCUUACCCUGCACAGCCAAUGGUCCACCUCCAGUUGAUGGGAAUUCAGCAAGCUGGUGUUCCUUUGCCAUCAGAAACAGUUGAGGAGCCUGUGUUUGUCAAUGCAAAACAAUAUCAUGGCAUUAUGCGACGUCGGCAAUCUCGUGCAAAAGCUGAAUCAGAAAAUAAAGUUGUUAAGUCUAGGAAGCCAUACUUGCAUGAAUCUCGACAUCUGCAUGCAUUGAGAAGAGCUAGAGGAUGUGGGGGUCGUUUUCUUAAUUCAAAGAAAAAUGAGAAUCAGCAGAAAGAGGUGACAUCAGGUGACAAACCACAAGGCAAUAUCAAUCUUAACUCCGAAAAAGAUGAUCUUGCUUCUUCAGAAAGUGCCUCUUGA